GCUCGUUGAAAAGGAAUUGAAACCAAACAAGGAAAAUACAAAAAUUAUAUUCCUUGUUUUUAAUGUUAAUAAUAUACAAUAAAUUACUUACGAGCACAGAAUUCUGACCAAUCCGUCCACCGUGUCAUAGCUUACUCCGUCCGCGUUCCGCACAAAACACACAAAGUGAUGAGAUAAUAAGUGCCCAUGACCGCCGUUCGCGUAAUUUGGACAACAGAGCACCCAAAAUCAAAUAACUGUAGAUAUGACGCGCCCGGGACCACCGAGCGAAAACCUGCCCACAGUGAAACUGGUGGUUGUAGGCGACGGUGGUGUGGGCAAGAGUGCCAUAACCAUCCAGUUCUUUCAGAAGCUGUUUGUGACAGACUAUGACCCCACCAUUGAGGACUCUUACAUUCAGCACACAGAGGUGGACGGACAGUGGUGCAUAUUAGAUGUGCUGGACACGGCGGGGCAGGAGGAGUUCAGCGCGAUGCGCGAGCAGUACAUGCGCAAGGGGGAUGGCUUCCUGCUCGUGUACUCCGUCACCGACAAGCAGAGCUUCGAGAACAUCCGACACUUCCAUACACAGAUACUGCGGGUCAAGGAUCGCGAGUCGUACCCCAUGCUGGUGGCGGCCAACAAGGUGGACCUGCUGCACCUGCGCGCCGUGAGCGAGGAGGCGGGGCGCGAGCUGGCGCGGACGCUGGGCGCGCCCUACAUCGAGACCAGCGCCAAGGAGCCGCCGCUCAACAUCGACGCGGCCUUCCACGAGCUCGUGCGCAUCAUCCGCAAGCACCCGCAGCAGGAGGAGAAGCAGCGGCGCCGCCGGAAGCUGUUCGCCAAGUGCACUCUGCUCUGAGCCCGCACGCCCGCACGCCGUGCAUCUACUCGCGAGAUAACAAGUCUAAUAACGUAUUACUAUAAAGACUACAUUUCCUCACUUGUGCUAUAAUGCACACAAUCUUUUUUUUUUAAAUUUUAGCUCCUUCUCAAAUUGUUAAGAAACAACUAAAAACACACUCGCAUAAAGUAAAUGUGUUUUUGUUGUUUUUUUUAUCGCACAGAUUUUUUUAAUAUUUUUAAACCAUACUUUUAUACUUAAAAGGAAUGAAAAGAUUGUUCAUGUUACAACACAAGUGUGAACAUAUUGACUUUAGUGCCGCUGUUAUCAUCUGACUCUUUUGGUACCUCUUCUGAAUCCGCAUCUCUUCAGCUAUUAAGCCAAAUUCGUGCUGCCGCCGCUACUGACUCUGUUUGUGGUAAUGGCUUUGUCUUCGUCAAUCUGAAAUGAAGCCUCAUGUGCCUGUAAUGACACCGGCAACAACACUCUUCAGAUCGGAACAACAAUACUGCUUGGAAGCAGAUAUAUAGUAUGGCGGUAGUGCUUCGUAGAUCCGUUACAAAAGGCUAUGAGAUGUGCGUGCACCUUUGUCAGUUUUAAAGCAACUGAAAUAUUACAAAUUCGAUUUACUUUCGAGAAUCCAUGUUUCGACAACUUUUUACCGUUGUUACCGAGCACUACAGCCAAAGAGUUGCUGACGACGCCGACACUACUCACAUGUUAACGGCGGUACUGAAAGCGCUGUUACUGCGUUCACAAACAUCGCGCGACUUUCAAAUUUGAUUUGUGAGCUCGUGUGAAGUACGCGUGAUUUGACUCCUGUAUCGAUCAUUAUGGUACGGAGUACGCGUAAGUUUUCUACCUACGUUUACUUUC